AUGUCCGUAACCAACAGUCAAUACGGGUUCAUCACCACAGCUCGUGCAUCAACCAGGUAUGGCACGUCAAAGACUGAUUGCAAACAUGAAGUGGUUAUGGCAAUCAAUAAAUCAAAGUCAGAGCAAAUGGAUGUGGGAAUUGCCAUUCUCGAUUUUGGUACAUAUGAGUUAACUUUGAUGGAAUUUUGUGAUACUCUGUUAUUUGUUCGAACUGUGCACCAGAUCGACACAUACCAACCUACCAUUGUUAUUGCACCGGAGGGGCCAAGCAUGCAAUUCGAAAAAUUGAGGUACAUCCUUGCAUCCAACCUUGACAAAAUCGUAGAACAGAGGUUGGCAAAGGCCAGGCGGUUUGAUGCAUCCAAUGGAAUGGAAUAUCUCAAGAGUCAUCUGCACUUGCAAAAUUCCGAACUAUUUGAACUGAUUACUGAUCGCAAGUUAUCAAUUGGCGCAGCUAGUGCUUUAUUUACAAGCUGUUUGGAUUCAAAGUUACUCAAACAAACCAGUAAGGUUAAAAUAGGUUUUGUCGAGAACGAAAAGUUUAUGCUAAUUGACUCAGGCACUAUUAGAAACUUGGAGCUUGUUUCCAGUCUCAACGGCGAUGGUACCACGGUCUUUUCCUUCUUGAACCGAUGUACAACAAAAAUGGGACAGAGGUUGCUACGGACUUCAAUCAUUCAGCCAUUAACAAACGUCGACAGUAUAAAAUUGAGAUUGGAGUCGGUUACAGAAUUGAUCUCACAGGAGACCAUUUUGAUUAGAGUCAAGUAUGUGUUGAAAAGGUUCCCCGAUUUGGACAAACUAUUUGCCAGCUUUUUGAAUCCUGAGUCAAAUAUCAGCCAGGAGCAAAUGAUAAAUAACAUUCUUUUGCUAAAGUCAACCCUAUCCUUGUGUGGGGAGUUGCUCAAUUGUUUAGACCAUACCGAGUCGCCAUUGUUUGUUCAGGUGAGUGAGAUAUUGAAGCACGAGAAUAUUGAAACUGCGCUAUUGUUGAUUGACAAGUAUAUUGAUGAAAAUUGUCGACUGGCUACGAAAAGCAUCGAUAUUGCCCACCAAAGAGCCAAUGCAGUAAAAUCAGGUAUCAAUGGCUUACUUGAUGUCUCGCGCAGUGUUAGGGAGGCAAUUUUGGAACAAGUUACAGAAUAUGUUCAGAAGGUGUCGAUGGAGAAUAAUGUAGCCAUUGAAUACAGAUAUGAUAAAUCUAGAGGGUUUUAUUUGAAAAUAAAGGGCAUCGAAAUUGACAAUCCGGAGUUUAUUAAUAUAAUUAAACGAAAAAACGGUAUUGAAUGUACUACCAUUGACUUGUUGAAGCAGAGUUCUCGUUUGAACGAAAUCAUGGCGGAAAUCAACAACAUUAGCAGCAUUAUCAUCCUGGAUUUGUAUGAGCAAAGUUGCGAAAAUGCGCCAAUUUUUUUCAUGAUUUCCGAAGCGAUUGCUACCGUCGACUUGUUGUGCUGUUUUGCAGACUUUAUUAGUUCCCAAUCCAAGUCCUACGUUUGCCCUGAAUUUGGUAAAUAUAUCCAUGUGAGACAAUCUCGGCACCCCAUAUUUGAAAAAUUUAUCAGCGACUUUGUCCCUAACGAUUAUUCAUGCGUGCCUGAAAUAUCGAGAUUUCAAAUCAUAACGGGUGCCAACAUGAGUGGGAAAUCAGUUUAUUUGAAACAAAUUGCAUACAUUUUAAUAAUGUCACAAAUGGGUCUCUACGUGCCAGCUGAUUACGCCACAAUAAAACUCCACAAAAGCAUUCUUUCAAGGAUUUCGUCCGACACCACUGAUGUGAAUGUGUCGUCCUUCUCAAACGAAAUGACGGAUAUUUGCAGGAUUUUGAGAAAUGCAGAUCAAGACAGUUUUGUGAUUAUAGAUGAGUUGGGAAGAGGAUCGAGCCUACGGGAUGGAUUCUCUAUUUGCCUUGCUAUUCUUGAGCACCUUAUCACAACAGGAGCUUCUGUUUUUACUACAACCCAUUUUCGAGAAAUUGCUGAAAUUUUGGGAAGCAAGUCAUGUGUUUUGGCCUCUCAUAUGAAAAUGACUGAAAGCAAUGGAAAAUUGGAGUCCAAGUUCAAGUUAGAGCCUGGAAAACUUGAACUUGAAUGCUAUGGCAUAAAAUACGCUGAGUCGUCCCUAAUGUUACCGGCGGGGCUUUUAAUGGAAUCAAAAUCUAUUGCUGAAACUUUAAAAUUGCAGGUGUCAAAAUGCAACGAUUUGCAUUCCAAACUAGUGUCAAGACGCAGGAAGUUGGUUUUAGAACUUUACUUUGCAUUGAACCAAAUGCGUGUGUUGGAUUGUAGUGCAUCAUAUAAGCUAGAUCUAUUGCGAACUCUACAAGCUAAAUUUGUGGAGGAGAUCAACGAUGUGUCAAUUUGA